UAUAAGAAAAAGAAUGUUUUUUGAACAUUAAAACAUGUGAGCAUGUUCUAGUAGAAACCCAAAAUGCUAGUUUGAACCUGAAAAUUAACAUAAUAUGGACCUUUAAUAAUUUAGACUUUGUCAAUGGCUUAUCUGGUUUUAUUACAUGGGUUUCUCCCUCCUGCAGCCUUUGCAUUUUCACGUUAAGGAUGCGCUGACUGAAACUCUACGUGUCCAAUAGCAGCUGCCUCUCGGUGGGCGGUGAUAGUUGAGUUCAAGCCGCAAUACAUUGUUUCCGUACACAGACAGACGCGAAGUGUUGCAGAUCUUGGUCCUGCGCAUGUUUGACUUUGACGCAAUAGUUUGACUGCAUGUCGGAGACUGAAAUGAGUCCGGACGGUCGGGACAAAGUGCAGAAGAAGCCUGUUCGCCUCAUAGCAGCGGUCUGCAAUGACAUGGGGAUCGGCAAAGACGGGAAACUGCCGUGGAAUUUACCAUCUGAAUUCCAGUACUUUCUGAACACUGUCAAAAGGGUGUCGAGACCAGGAAAGAUGAACAUGAUGGUCUGGGGCAAACUGUGCUGGUACUCCCUCCCAAAAACUACGUUCCCAAUGGCCAAUAUUCUGCAUGUGGUGCUGAGCACGACACUGGACACAGUUCCAGAUCACGCCCACUUCCUCUGUCAAGACUUUGAGAGUGCGGUUCGCCUGGCUGCACAGCCCCCCCUCGCUGACCUAAUUGAGACCAUCUGGAUUGUUGGUGGGACGCAGGUCUACAAGGAUGCGCUGAAGCACCCGUGGUGUGACUUGGUUUACCUGACAGACGUCAUGGCAGACUUCGACUGUGACGUUUUCUUCCCUGAGUUUGACAGAGCACUCUUCAAAGAACAAGAAGGAGGCAAUACAUUACUGAUUGUUAUUAAAAAAGCCUGAGUAUUUUUACCUGCUCUAUGUCAUUUUCCUGAUGUACCGAGUGGAAUUCAAGAGGAGAACGGCAUUAAGUACAAGUUCCAAGUGUUCAAGAAAGAGAUGGGUGAUGCGGUGUAGACAGCUCAAAGAGAAAAUCAAUAGAUUGUCAGAAAACACUCAAAAUAACUCAUUCCUUGAAAACCUUUCAAGAUUUAUUGCUGAGUUAACUCCUGGAUAGACUGUAGAGACAUGCUGCCAAACCCACAGUGCGUCACUAUAUUUCUAUAAAUUCACGCUAAUCCAAAGUCUUGUUAACACUCUUUGUAAUAUAGUUGAGCAUUCAAGUGUAAAUAUGACUUUUAUACUCUUUGUAAUCGAUGAAAAACUUGAAACGCAGACACUUUAACGGCCCUCCAGUUUGUCUACACAAGUCUUUGCGUGUAUUCACCCAUCUUCCAUCGCUGCUGCUUGGUAGGACAUUACGAUCUGUUCCGAUAUAAAAACUGCCACCCUCUGCUGUCACCUUGUCAGCGUUCCCAUCUCGCCCUCCUCCUCAGUAACAUUGCAGCUGCACAGAGAAUAUGCUUGUCAGUGAGUCAGUCAGCUGCCUACGUUGACGACAGCCUGUGGUCUGGGUAGCACAGCAGAUCUUUCUAAGCAAACAUGACAGAUGCCAGUUUAAAAAGCAACAAAUGAAUUGUCCUACAGGUUUGGUUCGAUCCUAUAGUGACUGUCUUGUCAUUCAGAAAGAUAUGGGGACAUUUUACAGCUUGUAAUUUGUUGUGAUUACAACUGAAAAUACAUGUAUUGUGAAGGUUUUUACUGUGCAGUUUUUUGUGAAUGUAAGAGGUUUUUCAUGAAAAUAAAUCAAUCGUAAUUGUUUAAUGGAGAAACAACUGACGAUUUGUGAAUUUAUUUUUCAUUUUUAAUAAAACGAUCCU